CCACUUCAUGUCCCAACACAGAAAGUCCGUGUUUAAGGAACAAGAGGAAGAAAUGGACUUUACAGGUAGAAGACAAAAACAUCAGAGCUGAGUGAGCUGUGACUUACAUCUAAAAUGAGUCUCUCUGGGGAGAGAGAGGAGGGGACCACUGCCUCUAAAAUGAGUCUCUCUGGGGAGAGAGAGGAGGAGACCACUGCCUCUAAAAUGAGUCUCUCUGGGGAGAGAGAGGAGGAGACCACUGCCUCUAAAAUGAGUCUCUCUGGGGAGAGAGAGGAGGGGACCACUGCCUCUAAAAUGAGUCUCUCUGGGGAGAGCGAGGAGGGAACCACUGCCUCUAAAAUGACUCAAGACACCAGUUCUAAGAGUGUCCAGAAGCCCAGUUCAGAGUCACCUACAACCAGCCUGUUAUCAAUGAAGAGUGAUCAGCCACCUGCUUUCAGCCAGGAACCAUUACCAGAUGACAAUAAGGAAGUGGAGAGUUUGGACAGUGAGGAUGUAUUAAAGAUCACACACAACCUUCUGGACAGAAGAAGUCAAACUCUGCUGACAGUCCAACAAGACAUCAAGGCUAAACUGAAACACAAGUAUCAACACAUAUCUGAAGGAAUUGGACACCAUGGAAACCAAAGUCUGUUCAAGGACAUCUACACAGAGCUCUACAUCACAGAGGGUGGAAGUGGAGGGCUCAAUAAUGAACAUGAGGUUAGACAGAUAGAGAUGGCAUCCAAGAAGCAAACCACACAAGAGACACCAAUCAAAUGCGACAUCUUCAAGCCUUUACCUGGACAAGACAAACCUAUCAGAACUGUGCUGACAAAAGGAAUCGCUGGCAUUGGAAAAACAGUCUCUGUGCAGAAGUUCCUCCUUGACUGGGCAGAGGGAAAAGCAAAUCAGGACGUUCAUUUCAUGUUUCCUCUUCCUUUCCGUGAUCUGAACCUGAAAAAGGACCAAUACAGUCUGAUGCAACUUCUUUCCCACUACUUCUCAGAGCUGAAAGAGAUUGACAGCAUUGAAGAUGGUGAAACCAAAACUGUUUUCAUUUUUGAUGGUCUGGAUGAGUGUCGACUUCCUCUAGACUUCAAAAACAAUGAGAAGUGCUGUGAUGUCACGAAGCCAACCUCAGUGGACGUGCUGCUGACAAACCUCAUCGAGGGGAAUCUGCUUCCAUCUGCUCUCCUCUGGAUAACCACACGACCUGCAGCAGCCAAUCAGAUCCCUCCUGAGUGUGUUGACCAGGUGACAGAGGUACGAGGGUUCAAUGAGCGACAGAAGGAGGAGUACUUCAGGAAGAAAAUCACAGAUCAGAAUCUGGCCAAUGAUAUCAUCAAACACAUGAAGACAUCAAGGAGCCUCCACAUCAUGUGCCACAUGCCAGUCUUCUGUUGGAUAUCAGCCACUGUCCUUGAGAUGAUACUGAAAGAGGCAGAGAAGGAUGAAGUCCCCAAAACUCUGACCCAGAUGUACUCACACUUCAUUCUCAUCCAAAUCACUUUGAAGAACAGGAAGUACAACAAAUCCACAGAAACAAACCCAAAGGAACUGUCUCAGUCAGACAAAGAGAUGAUCCUGAAACUGGCCAAGCUGGCUUUCCAACAGCUGCAGAAGGGCAACCUGAUCUUCUAUGAGGAGGACCUGAGAGAGUGUGGCCUUGAUGUCACAGAGGCAUCAGAGUACUCAGCAUUGUGUACAGAGAUCUUUAAAGAAAAAUCUGGGCUGUACCAAGAGAAGGUCUACAGCUUUGUGCAUCUGAGCAUUCAGGAGUUUCUAGCAGUAGUGCAUGCUUUAGAAUCAUGUCUGGACAAGAAGGAAAAUGUUUUCUCCUCCGCUAGUGGUGGUGAGGAGAAGGAGUCAAUCCAGUUGUCUGACUUACACAGGAGAGCAGUGGACCAGGCCUUGAAGAGUGAGAAUGAACACCUGGACCUGUUCCUCCGCUUCCUUCUGGGUCUAUCACUGGAGUCCAAUCAGAAUCUGUUACGAGGCCUUCUGACACAGACAGGAAGUACAACACAGAGCAAUAAGAAAACAGUUGAGAGAACAGUCAGGUACCUUUCAGACAAGAUCGAGGAGGAAUCCUCACCAGAAAGGAUCAUCAACUUGUUCCACUGUCUGAAUGAACUUGGUGCCAACUCUCUAGUUGAAGACAUGCAGACCUCCCUGCGAUCAGGAACUCUUUCAGAAACAAGACUAAAACCUGACCAAUGUUCAGCCCUGGCCUACCUGUUACUGAUGUCAGAGGAGGUGCUGGAGGAGUUUGACCUGAAGACAUACAACACAUCAGAGGAAGGUUAUCAGAGGUUGCUGCCAGUAGUGAAAACCUGCAAGAGAGCACUGUGUGAGAGUUGACGAGGACAAGGCUGGAGAUCACUCUGUCAUGCUGAUUGAGUUCAAAUAACAGACUGGAAUCUUCAAAAGGAGUGUGGUGCUUAGAAUCAUUGUUUUUCCACUGUCAAAUGGGGCGGCAGGGUAGCCUAGUGGUUGGAGUGUAGGACUACUAACUGAAAAGUUGCAAGUUUUAAUUUAAUAUUUGAAAUUAAUAUUUGUGUCGUUCUCAAAACUUUUGUCCACGACUGUACAGUAUCAUUAUAAUGAAGGAUUUGUAU